CAGUUUUCAGUUUGAGUUUGUCUUUCGGGCCGUUAACAGCUCUUUCUUAGGAGCUCGGAGCGCAAAGUGAUUUUCUAGAGAGUAGAUGUUUCCUCUGUGUGGUGAAUGGUGAAGAAGGAGGUAAACAAUAUUACAAGAAUACUGUUUGAAUGAAGAAAGUGGUAGCAGUUGUCAGUCGAAGCAUUGGGUGGUGAGACGAAGCACUCUCCAACAAAGAGAGACGUGAAUAAAAAAAAGCAAAACAGUGAUACCUACAAUCAAAGGAUAAUCAUAAAAAAGUGGAUUACAAAUUGUGUGAACUAAACAUUGAACAAAGUGUUGGGCGAAGAGUUUUGAAACGAAAGGAUAAUCAACAAAUGGUAAUUCUGGAAGGAGCCGCAAUGUUGCAAAUCGGAAACAAUCAGUAUCUGCAGCCGGAUUACAUGUCGCCGCUGCCAACUUCGUUGGAUUCCAAGAAAAGCCCGCUGGCUCUCUUGGCACAGACGUGCAGUCAGAUUGGAGCAGAUUCUGGAAAUAUAACCGUCAAAUCAUUGGUAUCGCCAUCGGAAAAGAAUAAAAAAUCCUCAUCGUCAUCAUCGUCGUCAGUUUCAUCAGCUGGAUCCAUGGAGAACGGAUCCCAUUCCAACAACUCGAGAUCGCCGUCGGUGAAGACAGAAAAGUCGGAUGCAUCUCCGGAAAUCAAGCUUGCUUUCAAACCAUACGAAAUGAAUGUGCUAACUACAAAGGUGAAGAACGACGAUCGUCCAUCGUCUAAAAUGAGCAGUGGUAGUGAUAUAAUGAAUAACAACAGUGUAAACCAUGUCAACAAUAACGAUAUUAAGAAAGAUUUACGCUCGUCAUCUCGCGGUAGUGCAGAAUCUCCUCGUGCAGGAAGUGUUAAUGGAAAUAAGAAUGGUGAAAUGAGUGAAAAUGGGAAAAGUACACCAGAGGGUAGCAGUAGGAAGACCAACUCUCCUAACGACCGUGACAAAACCUCUGCUAGUCCAAUCAUUCGACCGGGUGCCGAAGUUAUGCAAGCAGGAAAAGACAUGUCGGGAUACAAACCAAGUGCUUACGGAAUAAACCCAAUUACUGGAUUACCGUCUCCGUCGGGUAUCGAUCACACAAAUCCAGCAUUCAGGCCUCCGUUUGCUGGAGCCUUCAGCCAUCAUCAUGCCGCAAUGCUAGCGGCCGCAUAUCCUGGAGCAGCAGCUGCCGGCGCCAACCCAUAUCUUAGUUACACACGAGUUAAGACUCCUUCCGGUGGUGAAACGCUGGUGCCAAUCUGCAAAGAUCCCUACUGCACCGGAUGUCAGUUCUCCGCUCACAAUCACCAAAUGAUGAUGGGUGGACAGUGUCCAGCUGGAUGUACUCAAUGUGACCAUCAAAAAUACAGUCUAGCUAUGGCCAUGGGUGCUCUGCCGCCGGGAUAUCCCUACCCACCUGCUGCCACACAACCUGGCCGCCCCUAUAUGUGCAACUGGGUUAUUGGCGAUUCGUACUGCGGCAAGCGUUUCAACACCACAGACGAGCUGUUAUCGCAUCUUAGAACACACACCGCCAAUCUAUCGGAUCCGGCGGCUCUGGCCUUGCAACAACAACUGAUGCCCUUGAGUGGAAUAUUUCCACCGACAUCACUACAUCGUGGAUACCCUAAUCCACCUUUGAGCCCGCUUUCAGCUGCCAGAUAUCAUCCCUACGCUAAGCCUGGAGCAUUGCCCGCAGGCCUCCCCGGGUCGCCGUAUGGAGCAGCCUUCAACCCGGCUGCUUUCGGGCAGUACUAUUCUCCGUACGCAGCUGCCUUGUACAGCCAACGGAUGGGAGCUGCUGUUCACCAGUAAGCGGUCCUGUCUUUUUGGAGAACGCCCAGGUGUUAUUUUCUAUGAAUCUGUGAUAUUAAAUUUAUUCUAUAUUGCAAAAGAACAAAUGCUGAAAUAACGCAAAACUGCAAAGCGUAGUGAGACUAAAAUGUCAAAGCAAAGUAUGUAUUGAGUCGUGGUUGUAAAACUGGUUUCAAGAUUUGAGCCAUUCAUGUAUCACUAGUGAAACUGAACCAAAUAGAUUGAACAAAAAGUUUCUUAAAACUAGUUUUCUGCCAUGGUUUUGAAGCUACCUUUGUAACUUAGCAGGAAUGGUACCACUGUAGAAGAAAUGGUUUUGAUAGUGCAGAUAGAACAAAUGCCGACGGCAUUUCGUGCUGCUCGCUUGAGGGGUAGAUCUUAGCCACGAAUUGGAUUCUUGUUUGAGCUCUGAACCAACGCAUGAGUAACUUAUUUGUUUAAAAUACAAAAUAAUUGCCAAACAUCGUAAUUUAAGUUUGAUUUGUUUAUUUUUGCUUGUUAAAGACUUUACAUUUGCCACUCAGAUACAAGAGUUAAAGACUGUAGUGAUUCUUUCAUUGCGAAUAACAAAGGACAAAAUGUACAGACAAUUCAAAAAUUUUAGGAUCGAGAAAUGGUAUAUAAAUUACAGUAGCAAGCCGCAAAAAGCUCUAUUAAUUAUCUUUAAGUGUACGAAAAGAAAUAAAGAAGAUGAAAUAAAUGAUUUUAUAAAGAAAAGCCCAA